UAGAUUGGCAUUAAUCAAACCCCCUUUAGACCCCCUUUUGAGUUGCGGCGGGACUUAGCGAAAAUGAACUGCGAAGUUUUCGAUCUCAAAGAGCUGGAGGUGGAGUACUACCAGGUACGAGAAGUUCUACGAUGCAUUCUUCAUACAAUCAUGUUUAACAGGGCGCUGGGUCUAAUUAGGCCGAAGGAAGUUGAGUCAAUGCUCUUUGACAUCACCUAUGUACAGACUGGAGACCCUGGAAUAGAAAAGAAGAUCGAGGAGAAGAUCGAUCAGUUCUGUACGUGGGUGGACAAGCAUCCAAACAAGAAAGGCCAAGUAUGCCUGUCGUUCUUCGAAGAGAGGAAGAUAUCCUGGUUCACCAGACCGGAUCGCCUUUAUUGGGAGAGGUGGUUUGUGCGCCUCAAUGUUGUGCGUGCGACCAGCAGUGCUGGCGGUUCCUUUGGCAAUGACAGUGCAACGUACCUCGAUUCUGCGGAAGAGCCAAACAGAAAACAUGCCACACUGGAAGUGGCUGUGCGUGAUACAAUCAUGCGGAUCUUGCAGCUGGUGAAUGAGAAGCGGGACCACAUACCUCCACCUGUGGAGUCUACCGAUGCUGUGACAUUCCCGUACGAGAUUUCCUUCCCGAGCAGCUCCUCGGACUCGUCAUUCGGGAUGGACAUCCUCAAAAGGAUCAUGCAGACAAAUCCUCCUGCUAUGCUCAGUUGAUGACUCAUGCCAAAGCCUCCUGCUUGAUUGGUGUUGUCCUCUUCGGAGCCAUCAGCAACUAUGAAUCAGCAGAGGACAAGCCUCACGGACAUAACACACACACACACACACACACACACACACACACACACACACACACACACACACAGGUACGUACACACACAGGCACACAUAAGCAUCCAGGAGGACAUACACGAUUCUCUGCUGUCAAGAGUCUUCUCCUUUGCUUAAGCCCCUCUCUACCCCCCCCACCAUCUUACCCUGUUGCAAUAUUCAUACCCUCCUCGUCCCUACAUCUGCACUGCCCCCCCCUCCCCCCUCCCCUCUCCCCUCUUCCCUCUCCCCUCGUUGGCCCUGCCUCUGCACAACCCUUUCCCCUCUGCCACUACCCUGUCAUCACCAGUUGGCAAUCAUGAG